AUGCCAUAUAGACCAAGAGCUAACAGAUACGCUAGAAAGAAUUACAGUUCAGCUAGACCUCAAUAUGGUUCUUCCCUGAGUUUUAGACAACCAAGAUCCAGAGCACCAGCUCCUCAACGUAGAGGUGGUUAUAGAAGAUAUUACCAUCAACAACCAUCUAAUUAUGCUUAUGUUGAAGAACCUGAUAGUGAAAUUGAUCCAAGUGAAGAAGAAGAAGAAAAUAGACGUUAUGAAAGAGAAGCUGACCGCUAUGAAAGAGAAACCGAUGCUUAUGAAGAUGAAGCUGACUAUUAUGAAGAUGAAGGUGAUUAUUAUGAAGACGAAGCUGACUGGUAUGAAGACCAAGCCGAUGCUUACGAAGAUGAAGCUGAUGCUUACGAAGAUGAAGCUGAUUAUUAUGAAAACAAUUCUCUUGGUGAUGAAUUACCAAUCGUAUUCUCAGGUAGAGGUAACCUUGAUGAAGAUGAGGUUGAACUUACCUAUGUUGACUCAGAUGGUAACGAAUACUCAAUUGACGAUGAAGAAUUAGAAGAAGCUAUUUUAGCAAAAUUAGAAGACCAAGGUGAAGUUGUUGAUAUGAAUGAUGAAAUUGUUGCUUAUUAUGAUGAUGAAUCUAGUACUAGUGACUCUUCUUCAGAUUCCGAUUCUAGCUCAUCUUCUGAUUCUUCCUCGGAUCCCGAUUCUAGCUCAUCUUCUGACUCAGAUUCAUCUUCUGACUCAGAUUCCGAUUCUAGUCUGUCGUCAGAUUCCGACUCAUCCUCAAGCUCAUCUUCUGACUCCGAUUCCUCUUCUGAUUCAGACUCCUCCGACUCUGAAGAUGAUAUUAUUUACAUUGUCAACGACCAAGAAGAUUCUGAUGAAGAUUCUGACGAAGAAUUUGACACUGAAGAAGAACAAGAAAUUAAAGACAGAUUAUUGUUGGAAUAUAUCAGACAAGAAUUUGAAGAUGGUUUGGUUAGUAGUGACGAAAUAACUUCUGAAGAUGAAAGUUCCGAAUUGGGUUCUGAACCAGAAUAUUUUGAAGUUGAUAGUGACGAAAAUUCCGACGACGAAGAAGGUAUUACCAUCUACAAAACCAUUACUUUACCAGAAGAUGUUAAAGAUGAAGAUGUUGUCUUGUAUGACAAUUUUGAUGAAGACGAUGAUAUUGAAGAAGAUGACAAUGAAACAAAAUUGAUUGCUUAUGAUAGUGAUGAUAAUGAUGAUGAUGAAUUCCUGGUCAUUGAUUUAACUGAAGAUUUGGAAAAUAGUCUGGACUAUAGAUUGGAAGAAGUCGAUGACAAUAACUACAAAUUGACUGUUAGAUUUCCUUCAUUGGUUAAAGAAGCUUUAAAGAUUGAUUUCUUAAAGAAUGAAAAUGAAUUGGUUAUCAGUGGUAAAUUAAACUUGAAUGAUGCUGAUAUCGAUGAAGAAAUUGAUGAAGCUGAAGAAGUCGACGCAGAAGAAGAAGACGAAGAAGAUUCUGACAGUGAAGCCAAUGAUUCUUUGGUUGCAGAACUUCAAGAAAAUGCCAAAAUUCGUAAAGAAAAAAUUGCCAGACUCAUCGCUGACUUGGAAGAACGUGAAGCUGAAGAAGAUGAAGACGAAGAUGAAGAUUAUCAUAGUGCUGCUGAAGAAGAUGAAGAAGAUGAAGAUUCCGAUGACAGCUCUGAUGAUGAAGAAAUCAGUGAAGCUGAAGAUACCUUUGUUGAAAAAGCUGUCGCAGAAGAAUUGGCUAAGAAAGAAGCAAAAGAAGCCAGAGUUGCUGAAAUCUUGGCUGAAUUAGAAGCCCAAGAAGGUGACUAUAAUGAAGAAGAAGAUGAAGAAUGGAAUGGUGUUGAAGAAGAAGAAAAUGAUGAUGACGAAAGUUCAAGCUCAAGCGAAGAAGAAGAUGAUGAAGAAAGUUCAAGUGAUGAAGAUGAAGAAAUUCAAGAAGAUGCUGAAGAAUUGGCUAAACAAUACAAGAAUGAAGAAAUUCACUUUGAAAAGCACUUUCAAUUUGACAAAAUCAUCAAAUUCGAUGAAAUUAAAGCUAGAUUCAUUGGUGAAGAUGAAUUAGAAUUAAUCAUUCCAAAUGAAAACAAAACUGUUCAAGAUGAAAAUACUGUUUCCAUUGCAGUUGAGCCAUUAGCUGAAGAUGAAAGCAGUAGUACUACUGAAGAAAUUGAAAGUGUUGUCACUGCUCCAACUCUUGACGACGUUGAAGUUGAAGACGUUGAAAUGGAAUAA